AAAACCCCACUGAAAGAGAGACGAAGCAAGGGGCAAGAGAGAGAAGACAAAAACACAGCGCAUUUCUAGAGAGAGAAAGCACAGCGCAUUUCUAGAGAGAGAAAGACGAGGACGAAAAAGGUACAAGGAACCGAUUCUAGAGAGAGAAAGCGUGUUGAAUUUCUAGAGAGAGAGAGCGGAGGGCGCGCGGGAUGGUUCAGAUCGCAAGGAGGAGGAAGAAGGGACGGCCGUCGAAGGCGGAUCUGGCGCGCCGCUCAGGCCAGUCUCCGGCCGCCGCAUCGCAGCCUGAUUCUCGGCGGAGCCUCCGGCGCCGAAGCGUGAGGUACAACAUCAUCGACUACGACGGCGAUUACCUCUCCGAUGAGGAGGAUGAGAGGAGGCGCGAGAAGAAGAAGCUGAAGCUCAUGGCGAAGCUGAACCAGGACGGCGAAGAAGAAGAAGAGCGAGAAGAAGAAGAAGAAAUCGAGACGACGCCGAGCCGCACUCGCGCCGAGCCGGUGGAAGAAUACGAUGACGACGAAAAAGAACAAGAGGAAGAGAACGAAAACGAACAAGAGGAAGAGAACGAAGAAGACAAAGACAGUGUGGUAAAGGGCAGAAAAGAGGAAUCGAAAGGGCUCCACUCUGUUCCUGUUUCAGGAGCUCCGGUGAUUCUUCAAUCUGGGAUUCCAUUGCCUGAUAAGAGGACUCUGGAAUUGAUACUUGACAAGCUUCAGAAGAAAGACACUUAUGGUGUGUUUGCAGACCCUGUUGAUCCAGAAGAGCUUCCUGAUUAUCACGAUGUGAUCAAGCAUCCCAUGGACUUUGCCACUGUGAGGAAGAAGUUGGGAAAUGAAUCUUCUUAUACUACCUUAGAACAAUUUGAGAGUGAUGUAUUUUUAAUUUGCUCAAAUGCAAUGCAGUACAAUGCACCGGAGACUAUAUACCACAAACAGGCUCGAUCAAUACAAGAACUUGGACGGAAAAAAUUUGAGAAGUUAAGGAUUGGCUUUGAACGCUCUCAGAUUGAGCUGAAAUCAGAACAAAAAGCAGGAUCCAAUUAUUUGGUUAAGAAGCAACCAAAGAAGCCACUUGCAUGUGCCUCACAAGAACCUGUUGGCUCUGAUUUCUCCUCAGGGGCAACUCUUGCUACUAUUGCAGAUGUACAGCCAACUUCCCAUCUGAUGCAAAGUGGUAGAUGUGAGAGGACUGGUAAUAUUGGUGGUAUUUUGGAGGCAAAUGCUUUCUGGAUUGAUGCAAAUCAAGAGAAAGCUGAAGAUGUUUUGUCAGGGAAAGUUCUUCUCUCUAAGUGGGGAAGGAAGUCCUUUGUGCUUGACGAAAGUCGCCGUGCAUCUUAUAAUAUGUCCAAUCUACCAAUUGCUAGAUCAGAUUCAAUAUUUAUGACCUUUGAGAGUGGAAUGAAGCAUCUAGUUACUGUUGGACUUCAUGCAGAAUAUUCCUAUGCUAGGAGUGUGGCUCAUUUUAGUGCAUCUCUAGGUCCUAUUGCUUGGAAAAUUGCUUCCCACAGGAUUCAUCAGGCACUGCCAGCUGGUUGUGAAUUUGGUCGUGGUUGGGUUGGAGAGUAUGAAGCACUUCCAACCCCAAUAUUAAUGGUUAAUAAUUGUGUCCAAAAAGAAACUAGUUUGGUUAUGAAGUUGCAUUCCGCUACCGAAUUACCAAAGGCUGACCAAAAUUGUAAGAAUGUGGAAUCCAGCAUCGAGCAUCCUGUUAAUAGACAGAUGCUUGAAGGAAAACAUCCUUCAAUGCCAGAUUCCGAAGGAAAGCCUUUCUUUGGUUCUGCUGGAGUAAGGCUCAGUGCUCCUGUCAACAUCCUAAAUGAGGAGCAGAAUGCCCAAUCCAGGAAAUUAGGCAAUUCUGAGAGCAAGGGUUCGAAACAAGUGGAGUUGAAUUCUUUACCCUCAAGUAAUCAGAAUAAUAAGGGUCUGGUUGCAAAGUUUACAAGUAAUGCUCCUGCAGCUAAUUCUCUUGUAGCAGAGUCCAAGCCCAGAGAGAUGGCGUCACGGAACAUGUUCAAACAGCCAGAUACUAAUGGAGUUGUUAAUGGAGAGUUGGCUAAUGUAAAAGUCACAAAUACAAGUUUGAAUAGACAGGUGACUGGUUCUUCACCUGAAAGUACAUCAAACCAAUCAAGCAGAGCAGCUCCUUCUGUUGUGCAUGGGCAGGGUGCUAGUGACCCAGUUCAGUUGAUGAGAUUGCUCGCAGAAAGGGCUCAUAAGCAACACUUUUCUUCCAAUGAUUUGCUUGUUGAUACUCCUCCAGUGACACUGUCAGGUCCAUCUGGACAGAGAGAUGACUCGGGCAAUGCUUCAGCAGCAGCUGCCGAGGCAUGGAUGUCUGCUGGGGCAGGAGGGUUUAAACAAGGACCCAGAAAUUCUAGUUCCCCCAAAAAUCAGAUAUCUGCAGAUUCCUUGUACAACUCAACAAGAGAGUUCCAUCAGCAUAUUUCAAGAAUUCGGGGGGAGUUUCCCCCUGGUGGAAUGCCUUUCCAACCAUUUCUAGCUGUUGCCGCUCAACCUAUUCAUACAGGUGCUGUUUCACUGUUUCCAAACCAGCCUAUGGUUCCUCAGUUAGCAUCUUUUGACCAAUCUAGAUUUCAAAUUCAGUCCCCUUGGCGAGGUCUUAGUCCUUGUAGCCUGUCAAGGCAGAGAGAGGAAGCCCUUCCACCUGACUUGAAUAUUGGUUUUCAAUCUCCAGGGUCUCCUGCAAAACAAACUUCUGGUGUCCCUGUUGACUCACAGCAACCAGACCUAGCUUUGCAGCUAUGAUGAGGCAUUGCUGUCAUGGUAUGGAUGUGUCCACUUGAAUUGGACUGGUCAUGGAAUUUGCAGCUCCUGUCAUCGAAUGUUGAAUUUUGAUCUUGAAGGCUUGCAUAGUAAAUGCGAAAAUGCCAAAGUCUACCCGGGUUGAUGACUACUUAAAUUUGUAUGUAUAUCUGAAUUGGUGGUAUGACAUCACUUCUUAAUUAUGCUAUUAUUUUGUACACGAGAUUUGCAUGUUACUAAUGGAAAGCGAUUGCUUUUGUCCUUUUCCUUAUUUUGUACAUCAGUUCUUAACUCUAUUUUGUACAUAAGUUCCAGGCCUAUAAAGCAAAGACUUGUUCUCCUUUGAUAAGUGUUGUCAAAUGGCGGUUAUGGCAGCGCCAUGGCAGUAUGGUGUGCGGGUUUCAAAUGGAGGUGCCAUGGCGGCUGCCAUAGGCUUAACGGUAGUGACAGAAUGGCGGUUAUGGCGGAAGAAGCUUUUUUUUUAAAAAAAAAUUUCCCAAAAUUACAGAUUGGAUCGUCUUGGGCUGACCCGACCCAACCCUAAACCCGAUUUUCGAAUCAAAAUGGGAUGAACAGCACGCAGCACACGAACUCCCGAACUCCAGAGCGAGCACCACGUGAACUCCAGCGCGAGCACGAGCAUGAGCAGCACCCACCAACAUGAGUUCUCUCACGGUCUCACCCGAAGUCAACGAUGGCAUCAUGCACGCGAGCAAUGGACAGCGACGGUGACGGCGGCGGCAGCAAUGGCUACGGACUGCGUGAUGGCAACACCCUGUUUUUUUGUUCUGUUUUUUUUUUGUUUGACACUUUUUUUUAAUUUUUGGUUCUGUUUUUUUUUUUUUUUCUGUUUGACACUCUUUUUUAAUUUUUGGUUUUGCUUUUUUUUUUCUUUUUUUCUGUUCAGUCCUCUUCUACUAAUUACAAUGGCUGAACCAUCAUCUAAUGCUGUAACCUUUACUUUGUACUUU